UUCCGUCGUGGUGGGGGGACAAAGUAGUUCUCCGCUCUUUCUUAGUCCCGUUCUUUGCCGAGGCGGAGGGAGUAGCCGGUUCUUUCCGCUUCCUCUCUGGGCCCCCGGAGGAGCUUCCCUGCAGGGGAGGCAGAAGUCUGGGAGCGGGGUGCGAGGGGGCGGAGGGAUCCAGGCUAGGGUGAAGUGGCCCGGCCGUGUGGAGGUGUGUGGUGCGAGGAACGCGGGACGCGGCUCCGCGGGGGCAGCCCUCCGGCAGCGGCGGCGCCAGUAUGGAGAACCUGAUGGCUGGCUCAUCCCUCCCCCCAUUAUUUACGGAUGAAGAUGGGUCAAAGGAGAGCAAUGAAGUUGCCACAACUGGUGGCACCAACCUUGAAUAAUAUUCGCAACAUCAUUGCAUAUUCUGGAGGAGCAGAGGGAAAUCGCUUACCAUGAUAAUGGCUGCACUUUCUCAUACUGUGACCUAAUUUUCCAGCCUAGUCCACUCUGAGGGUUUGUUCAGUGGUGGAGCGUCGCAGCCUGUGAACAACACGGACUCGGUGGAGGACUUGUCACAAGUUCAGCAGCCUCAAAAUGAGUCUUCUAAUACAGUUGAAAGCAGUGAACAGAAGCCUGAAGAAGAGCAGCAAAGAACUAAACGAGGAGGCUGGGCCAAAGGGAGAAAGAGGAAGAAACCCCUUAGGGACAGCAAUGCCCCAAAAUCCCCCCUCACAGGGUAUGUGCGAUUCAUGAAUGAGCGUAGGGAGCAGCUUCGAGCGAAGAGGCCUGAAGUCCCUUUCCCAGAGAUCACCAGGAUGUUGGGCAACGAAUGGAGUAAAUUGCCUCCCGAAGAGAAACGGCGUUACCUUGAUGAAGCAGAUAGAGAUAAAGAACGUUAUAUGCGAGAGCUGGAGCAGUACCAGAAGACAGAGGCUUACAAAGUUUUUAGCAGGAAAGCACAGGAUAGGCAAAAAGGAAAAUCACACCGGCAAGAUGCAGCGCGGCAGGCUGCCCAUGACCAUGAGAAGGAAGCAGACACAAAGGAAAGGUCUGUUUUUGAUAUUCCAAUCUUCACAGAAGAGUUCCUGAAUCACAGUAAAGCCCGUGAGGCAGAGCUGCGGCAGCUGCGCAAAUCCAACAUGGAGUUUGAGGAAAGGAAUGCUGCCCUGCAAAAGCAUGUGGAAAGUAUGCGCACUGCAGUAGAGAAGCUGGAGGUAGAUGUGAUACAGGAGCGCAGCCGGAACACAGUGCUGCAGCAGCACCUGGAGACCUUGAGGCAGGCACUUACCAGCAGCUUUGCUGGAGUCCCACUGCCAGGCACUGGAGAGACCCCCACAAUGGAAACCAUUGAUUCAUACAUGAAUAGACUGCACAGUAUUAUCCUGGCUAACCCACAGGAGAAUGAGAACCUCAUAGCCACAGUCCGAGAAGUGGUAAACCGACUUGAACGUUAGUGAUUGGGUCUUGUGGCCCAGGGAUGCUUAACAAAAGUGAUUCAGCCACUGAGGAAUGAGAAGCCAUGGUGGAAACAGACUGGGGGUGGGAGGCAGGAUUUGUCCUGGUCCCUGCCUGCAGAGCUUGCUUCUGGAGCAAACAUUUCAGUGCAUUAAAGGCUCCUAAAAAGCCACAGGCACCACCUGCAAAACCUCUGAACUGUCCUGUAUAUAGAUCUUUCAGAGCAUGUGAAUUUGGUGCAAUCUUCAGUUUCCUGUCAUUUCUGCUCGAUGUGGGAAGUACAAAUGCAGUGUACUGGAUGGCCUUGGAGGUGAACCUUCCCAAUCUGUAAAGUGAAGUCAGCCUUUCUGUUGUGGGAAUAGAUAUUUGAAAUGUUACGUUGUUUUCUCUCUCUCACUCUUUUUGUCUUUACAUUUUAAGCUGUGGAGUUACCUUCAUCCCUUCCAGUCUUCUCCUGUCCUUUUCCUGUUUAUUGGUGCUCAGCAUAGCAACACCUGUGUUCUUCACUGCAACAGACACUGUCUCUUCUUUAGUGUACCAUCCUGCCCUGCCUGCUGUCUUCAAAACAAGCUUCUCUUCAGCAUUACCCUGUGGAAAGGGGUUGGGCUUGCCUACAUCCUACAGUGUGAGGUUCUUCUCUGCCUGAUCUUGGAUGUGGUUAGUGCUUCAUGACUGAGUUGCUUCAAAGGAGGGACUCUUUCCUCACCCUCCCACUCCCUCCCCGCUCUGGUUUCCAAGUACCUCUCCCGCAUGUACAGUGUCCUGCUCUUCAGCAAGGCUGGUGUUCUUAUCUCUUGAAAAUGUCUGUUGGAGUAUUUUACUACUGAAAAGGUCAGUGGUAAUCAAGAGAGAAAGUGAAAGGUCAGCUCCCCUCAGCCUGCAGGAAAAGUACAACAUUUUUUUUCAGACCAAAAUAUGUGGCUUUUCUUUCCACUGCUGUGUUGCUUAGUCUAAUUUACUCUGAGCUGUAGCAUGAAAGUGUGAUUUUUGUGUUCAAAGUGGUAUCUCUUUAAACACAGAGAAAUAGACAGUGGAAUUACAUUUUUCAGUACCCUUCUGGUAUUGUAGCACCUAAGAAACUGCAUGUGUAGAAGUGCAUAUAUUGCUCUUGCAGUAAAUUAUAACAGCAGAGAGGUGUUUUAAUGGGGAAGCGGUUUCCCAUAGAAUUCCACAGUUCAUUCCAUGAGUCCCUACACCUUUAUUAUUAAGCAUCGCUUAUGGAGACUAUAGCUUUCUACUUAUGAUAUUCCUAAAUGGCCUUUUACUCUUAUUAAGUGUUGCUUUGCUUGCUAGGCUCUGUACUCUCUGAGCUGCGCCAUAUCUCAUUAUCAAAGAUAGAGGUAUCUAAUGUCUAUCCUAAUUUAUGCAGAUUUUUGCAACCCUUGGUUUCUGUCAGAUUAUUCAUUUAGGUUCCUGUUGUGUACUUCUUGGAUACUUUUGAGCUUUACUAUGACGGAUAAACUAUUCUGUCACUCCUACAUGAUACCUUCCUUGCUUCUCUUUCAGACAGCCUUAAAGAUUUUCCUGUUAUGAGUUGGGGAAUGCUUUUAUUACCUGGCCUCAUUGGUGCAACCAGUAUGACUUUCAUGUAUCUGUAGUGCAGGCAUUGGCCUAAUUUUUAUGCUGGAAGAUUAAAUAGUAGGGGUUUUUUUUCCAAUGCUACACUGACAGACUUCACACCUUUUGAAGCUGCCUCCAAGUCAAAGCCAUUUGAGCCAGGGUUUCCUUGCUCCUAAGCUCACUGCUGAUGCUUUGGCUACAGCUGAGCAGCAAGUCUUCCUUCAUGGAGGGACAUUUUUCUUACGUCUUGAAAAUAAGAGAGAGUUCACUCAAAUGAACCACAACUUUUGUUUAAUUUACUUCCAUUUUUUAACACUCGCAAGACCUGCUGAUGUUGUCAUGAACUGUUUAUGAAUUCUAUAAUGAACAAGAGGUUAUGAGAGGAAAUCCUGCAUACUAAUAGUGCCUCAAGAAAAAGCACUCCCCCCCUACUCACACAUGCAUCCAGUUACUGUGCAGUUGGAGUCAUCAAAACGCACAACUCAGCCAAAGUUGGUUCACUGAGUUUUGCAGUCCAGUCUGUGGUAACUUGUUGUCAGUAUAGUGGUGUACCUGACCGGCUCCAGGACUCGGUAUGAAAUGCAAUAGUUUGAUCCACCUUGAGCCCCUCUGCCUUGCACAUCUCUACAUUUAAGGUGUGAAUGGUUAAACACAGCAGUGUCUUAAGCAAAUUGGAAGCAGCCAUCCACUCUUGGCAUGUUGCCAAUACAUCUCACUUGGACAAAGCAUGGCAUUCUUAGAUGGACGAUUCAAAGAGGUAGUUACUCUUUGCGGGAUACUGACUGACAAAUUUCUCCCACCCACAAAGAGGGAGAGAUUUAAUGCCAUGUUACAUUUUGCAGUUGCUAGGGAAAAAUUUGGUUCUUGCUCUCCAGCAAUCUUACAGAUGAUAUUUUGUCUUAUUAAGAAUCUUCAUCUCUGCACUGAUUAAUCUUAUGAAAAAUGGGUUUUGCCUUUUCAGUGUUUUUUAUGAGUGUCACUUCAGUUUACAUGUUUCAGUGUGUUGGCUGACAAAAAAAAUUAGGUGGGUGAUGAGGAGAGAAGCAGGAUGCUUUCUUCACUGAGGAAAAUGUUAACAAAAUACAUGAAAAUGGAGUCCAUUUGUUGGAUUAAUGUGUUUGGAAUUGUUAAAAUGCCAAGUUUUCUGUACAAGUGUUUUUGUAAUUAAACUUUUAGACUUCCUUUGUUUUUUAAGAAGUUGAUGUGCUUGCUUGACAUUUGCAUCAUUAAAACCGUUCAACAUUGAAUCCAUUCUGAUUCAAUUU